UGCAAAUAUCGCUCGUAUGCGAUUGACAGCGGCAGCACGAAUGGAAAGCCAGUCGACGGGAAACAAGACCAUUCUGGAAUAUUCUGGUACAGACAGAGAGCCUUCUAAAGGAAUUUAUUUCUACAACGAGAAUAAAAUAAUAGUAGAAGACGAGCUGCAUAGCAGUACACCUCUCUAUGAUAAUACAAGCGACGCAUGUCGAGAACUCUACAAGAGCCUAGUGAAGAAUAUUCGCCAUCAUCAGAGGAUCAUGAUAUGCACCGGCGAGCUGGAGGCAGCGAUGAGUAAAUCUAUCACGAUUGUGCUGGUGCUUAGCACUGUUGUCAUUUGUUUGCAUGCUUUCGGAUUUGUGGAGAUGUUCCAGGGAGCUGCAUCACGAGGAUCGGUUGUGAAGAGGACGGUUGGUUUCCUAGUCUACUUGGCGCACAAUGGCCUCUUCUGCUUCCUCGGGCAAGUAGUCACUGACCAGAGCGAGCGCCUGCCACACUCGGCGUUCGGCUGUGGCUGGCCAGACGCUGACCCUCCGUUCAAGAGGUCGCUCAUGAUCAUGAUGCAGCAGACGUCGCGGCCGCUCAUCAUACGUGUGGGCAAGUUGUUCACGCUCUCCAGCAACAUGUUCAUACAGGUAAUUAAUACAUCGUACACUAUAUUCAACAUGAUGCUGAGCUUACAGUAAAGGAUAUUCAAGCUGAAGAUUUCGAGAUCACGACACCUUUUAACUGUAACAAAAUCUUAGCUAUUCUUGCAGGCUCUGACAGAAUAGUCCCAGGCAGAUGAGUAUAAAUGAACUCAGCUUGCUCAUUGUCACUAUUACUACAUUACCGAUCACCCAAAAUAUCCCUCAGAAAAUGCAUAAUUACACUUCACUUAGCCAUUCCAAGACUGACUUCAUUUUAAU